AGUUUUCAAAAAUUAGCAGUAAAAGUGCUCAAGCAACGGCACUCUGAUGCAUAGAAUCUAUCAUUUUACAGCAACGUUCACCUCAUAGAAACAAUGUUUCCUCGAAAAUGGAUCUUACUGCAAUUGUUCUUUUUGGCGGCGGUACAAACAGUUGCUUCUGUUUCGACUGAUAACUCAACCCAGUCAUCGGAAACAGAGCAGGAUUCUUCACAACUCGAGGCUCCCCGGCAAAGCACUGCGAGGGAAAAACGGUCUGAACUUCAAAUCAAAGUGGAUAAGAAACUUCAGACGUCCAUUGAAGAAGACUUGCCAAGAAUGUUCCAUCCUCCUACAGAAUUGCAGAUCGCUCAAGCCAGAAAACUUUUUCUGAAAGAAGGAGACAAAGGAGAUUCCUCGCCUGAAUUCCUACAGCAAAUGGAUUUAGAUGGUGAUUCUGUGAAGUCAGCAUCAUCACCUUUCUCUUAUCGUCUCACCAACACAUCGUUUUUGCAGUCCCUAAACGAUAAGGAGCUUCUGAACAGAUUUAGCAAUCUUAGAAAAGCGAUCGACCAUGAAGGAUCCCAGGAAAAAGAUACAAAGGAUGAUGAAUCAACAAGUUAUUCUCCGAAAAAUCAAGCGUCAAAUGACGCAAAAAAGUCCAUAGAUGAUCGCAUACAUAAGGAUAAACUCUUACUGGCCGAGAUGAUUUCGAAAAAGUCGGGGUUUGCGUAUCGACCUCCAGACGUGCGAGACGACCCGUUGGAGGAGGAACUUCAGACAAACGAAGAAACUCAGCUCCGUGAUACUCGGGUUGCAGCUCCUCCUCCUUUAUGUCCACCGGGCAGUGGGCUGUGCCGGACGCUGCGAGAGAGGCUACAGGAAGACCUCGUGAGUUCCUUCAGUGAUCCCUUCACCAACCGGAUCCGUUACCGCCUCAAGAAGAGACCUUCAGUUUACACGACCAAGACACCCAGGAUUCGGAAUGAUAUCGGCAUACCGGAUAUUUACGAGACUGAAGUCACAGUGAUGCCACAUUUUGGACAAAACUCGUCGACACCGCACGGGCCGCUAUCACGACUCCAUCGCCAUGACCACUCAGUCGCUGCGGCGGACAACGAUCAACGGCUUGUUCUUCCUCCACGACGGUCUCCUCUGCCAUUAGGGGCACUCAGGUUGAGAAAUCAGGAGGAAAAUGAAGUCAAAAUGACCCAAGAAACAGGCGCCAUACGAGGAUCAAAAAGAAGUAAGAGUAAGAAUCACCGAAGGGAAAGUCAGUCUGGUAUCAGAGACUACUUGACAGAGAGAGGAUACGGAAGACCUUCUCGAGUGCGAACUCGAACGCAUCUCGACUACCGACGACCAUUAUCUUUUAAAUUCAAGAGAACAAACGAUGCGCGUAAUAAGGAAAUACCAACAGAAUACAAAAAUCUAAACGUGCACAAAAUAACGGAUGCUUCUCUCAUACAUCUACAUCCGUUGCUCAAGCCAAACUCACCUCAUGAAAAUAUUCCGCUAUCAAGCUCAAUACAUUCACAUGAAUUACCUACGAAACCUAGGAGGGAAAAUCGGAAAGAGCAGCCUACUCGCCCACAAAUAAUUCUUGAUCAUCGAAGCGAGGAAUUAAAACACAAAAACGAUAAAACAAUUGUUGGAAAUAACGAAAAACAUAGCGGUUAUGAUGAACAUCGAUUUUACGAGCCUCCAGCUGUCACAACAACAGCAUCAGUGUUCUAUGAACAGCAACAAGAAUAUCAUCCUCCUGAGUCAUCAAAAAAUGAAAACAAGUACAAUGUUCCAAUCCCUCCGCACCGCUACGAAAUUCCAUCUGCCAUUCGUCAUUCUGUCCCCAAAUCACCAGCUGUUCCGGGAUGGUUGAUGGAUUUGAAGAGCGACUCUCGUCAUCCAACACCUCAACCAAACCAUGAAUAUUCAAAGCAUACAGAGAACCCAAUCUCGUAUUCGUCUCCAAUGCCAUCCGAUUACGCACUUAAAGCUUCACAGCCAAGUGCUUUGUCUGUGACGUAUACAACGCCUAGAAAUUAUGAAUCGUCGCGCCAUUUACCAUCUUCACCUGAUCAUUUUCGCAUCAUCAACCCCAACGAAAAUCUUAGAACAUAUAAUUCUCCACCACCUCCUCACAUUCAUGUACCUCUGGAAUCCCAACUCCUUCCAAAAUUGGACUCUGGAAAAAAAAUUAUCAAGUCUCCAGUUCUACCUCACUAUCCGGUUAUACCUUCUCCUGAUCAGUCCAGCGGGUCAAAAUACAGCGUACAAGUGACAACUCCAUCAGGUAUUUACGUAACUCCGGUGAGAAUCUCCUCAACUCCCAAACACGUUACACGGGAGCUUCCGAUUUACGCCCCUCCGACGUCACCCAAUCCUACAUAUGGUCCUCCACGACACGAUCCAGCAAUCUCAUCUCAUUCUCCUCAUCCCGAGGUGAGUCCUCACCCGCACAAAGCUCACAUAAAUGCCGGCGAAGUCAUGAGCUACCACAGCAAAAACUUACCAUCAUACCCAAAAGUGACUCAAUUAUCGCCCAUUAAACAUGAGGUGUCAGUAUACGAGCACGAAGUGAAUACCCACAGUGUUGCUUCGCACCACGUUUUGGUGACACCGAAAUCGCAUCACGUCUCCAUAACGCCCAAGAAUAUUCCAGCGACUAUAUCGUACAGGGGAACGACCCCAACUCCUCUAAAAAUAAACACACCUAGCCAAGUAAUUCCCACCACAUUCAAGCCCUUGGUUGCCAAGGAUGAUUUGGCUAAGUUAAAAGGGUCCAGUCAAGCAUCAACUGUUCAGGUAACGCAGAAACCUGUGAAAUCCCCGCACUCGACUUCAAUUCACAGUCCAGUCGCUCAUCGAGAAACCACCUAUAUGAAAACUCAACCGAACCAAGAUUUACCAGAAAUUUCUCUAGUUCCUUAUAUCCUGCAAGACUAUCAGCUAGGCACAAGCAGCCCUGGAGAUUAUUUCGAUUUUGAUGACGAUGACUACUAUUACGACGAUUUGUACGACUACGACUAUCUUUUGGAUGUUCUGGGAGUGACAGAGUCUCGAUCCCAGCUACCUCUCCACGUUCUACCUUCCUCCUAUCCCGACGGCCAUAUUCAGAGCUUCGGUUACAUUGCUGGUGUGCCAGGUCGAGCCGGGAAAGAUUAUCCAAUUCUAGGCUACAUUCCCAACACAUCUUUCGGAUGCGGACUGGUGGCAGAAUACCCAGGAUACUACGCUGACAUGGACGCAGGCUGCCAAGUAUUCCACGUGUGUCAUCACGAUGGAACUCAAGAUUCUUACCUGUGUCCGAACGGCACCGUCUUCAACCAAAAGUACUUCGUGUGCGAUUGGUGGUACAACUUCAACUGUGAGGACGCCCCAUUCUUCUACCCUGUAAACGCAGCUCUAUCUUUCGCAGCUCUUUCUCUUCACCAGCCUAGCGCACACUACGAGACACCUACUAGUUUGUUGAGGAGUACUAGAGGAAGCAAACGACCCACAGGUCACGGGAGUCGGCAGCAACCAAAACGAAGGAUGCCAUCUAGAAGGCCGAUACCUCACGGUGGACGGCGGAGUCAUUCUGAUUUGGUAUCACAACGGGGUGUUGGUCACCAUGCCGUGGCAUCACCGCGGGGUGUUUUCCACCACGCUGUGGAAUCACCGCGGGGUGUAGUUCACAAUGACGUGGCAUCAUCGUCGGUCCAUCAAGUUAUCUUGUCACCGGACGGUCCAGGGGCCGAUCAUGUCGGGCUCCAUCUGGCUCAGCAGCUCCCCCGAACGCCUUCAGAAGUUUGGCUUUCUUCGAGGACCAAUGAAACUCAGUCGGUCACUGACGAUGUACCCUAAAGCAGUAGUGAUGGUCAUUGACCGAGAAUUAUAAGUCACUAGGAAGAGUAAAAUGUAAAACUGCAAACGAGAUUCAUAUUGUUUCUUAGCUCGCCAAGUCUGAGAUCGAAUUUUCGUGUGUGAUCGGCCACUUGGUCUAACGAAAUGAAAUAUAAUCUAAGUACGAAACUAAAAGAAUUCACUGUGAAAUUUAUGGAGGGAGAUCAAUGAGUGAAUAUUUUACUGAUUUAAUUUUAUAAAUGUCAUCAACGAAUAUUUCUCUUCUCUAGGAAAAAUAUCGCUAGUAAUGGAUAACACGCCCGUAAUAUUCCUCCAAUUAACUUUGCCUUCAAUCUAUCUAGGUCAUCAAAAUUCCAUGAACUAGAUAACCAACGAGGUGGGCAGCGCGGGUAA